UAAUCGUUGGGCCCUAAUCUUUAUCCAUUUCCUUUUCUCUCUCUCUCCUCAUGCCAACGAAGCAAUAGCCAUGAAAAGCUAAACCCUUCUUCUUGGUUCUUCUGCUUCGUUAUAUGAUUCAGAUCUUGUUUUUGCUCUGCUUUUGCUUGGUCUCUGGAUGACUAAAUCAAAUCGUUUUUUUUAUGCGUGGUGAGAGAUGACUUAGGAGUAGUAAAGUAUACUUCUUCUAGUUUCUGAGAUCUGACUUUGCUUUAAAGUUAGUUAAUGGAAACUUGAGAAUAUCUGAUCUGACUCUCUCUACAGCUGAAAGUUUUGACUUGGGAAGAUGUUUAAGCAAAUACUUGGGAAGCUUCCUAAGAAACCUUCUUCUGCUAAGUUUUGGGAUAAUGGUGAGUCCCAAGCUCCAGACAACAACAACAACCAAGAAGUUUCAAGCCAGAGAGCAUCAUCAAAUGGAGACAAUCUUGCUUCUCUUUCCGUUGAUGUCUUGCCAAGGUUGAAAGAUGUUUCCAUCUCCGAGAAGCAGGAGCUCUUUCUCAAGAAGCUUAGGUUAUGCUGCGUAGUGUUUGACUUCGCCGCCGAGCCUCAAAGAAACCUCAAGGAGAAAGAGAUCAAACGGCAAACACUUCUCGAAGUUGUGGACUAUGUCAUCUCUUCAGGGAACGGCAAGUUCCCUGAACCAGUUAUCCAAGAAGCUACAAGGAUGGUUUCAGCCAAUCUCUUUAGUAAUCCUCACCAACAACACUGGAAGAACAAAACUCCAGAAGCAGGAGACUUGGAAGAGCAAGAAGAAGGAUCUCUAAACCCUUCUUGGCCUCACUUGCAGAUCGUUUACGAGUUCCUCCUAAGAAUCGUUGCAUCUCCCAACACAGACGCCAAGAUAUCCAAGAAAUAUAUUGAUCAUACAUUCGUCCUCAAGCUCUUGGACUUGUUCGACUCCGAAGAUCCUAGAGAAAGAGAGUAUCUCAAAACUAUACUCCACCGUAUCUACGGGAGGUUCAUGGUCCACCGUCCCUUCAUCAGGAAGACCAUGAACAACAUCUUGUAUGAUUUCAUAUUGGAGACAGGGAAACACUCUGGAAUCGCCGAGUUUCUCGAAGUGUUGGGAUCAAUCAUCAACGGUUUCGCUUUGCCUCUCAAGGAAGAACACAAGCUCUUCCUCACUAGAGUGUUGGUUCCUCUUCACAAGCUGAAAUGCUUGCCUAAUUACCACCAGCAGCUUUCUUACUGCGUCAUACAGUUCGUUGAGAAAGACUGUAAGCUCGCUGAUACUGUUAUCAAAGGGCUGUUGAAGUACUGGCCUGUUACUAAUAGCUCCAAAGAAAUCAUGUUCUUGAAUGAGUUGGAGGAGAUUUUGGAAGCGACUCAGUUAGCAGAGUUUGAACGUUGUAUGAUUCCUCUCUCUCGCCAAAUUGCUCAGUGCUUGAGCAGCUCUCACUUUCAGGUAGCGGAACGGGCACUAUACUUGUGGAACAAUGAUCAUGUGAGUAACUUGGUGAGACAUAACAGCAGAAUCAUUUUGCCAAUAGUGUUUCCAGCUCUGGAGAAAAACGGUAGUAGUCAUUGGAAUCAGGCUGUGAAGAACUUGACUGAGAAUGUGCUUAAGGUUUUGUCUGAUACAAAUCCGGAACUGUUUGAAGAGUGUUUGCGCAAGUUUCAAGAAGAUCAGCAAAAUGCAGAGGAUAACAAGAAGAAAAAUGGGGAGACGUGGAGACAGCUAGAGGAGAUUGUUGCUUCAAUGGCGAAGUAAAGAGUUUAUGUUCUGAACUUUUUACGCUAUACAAAAAAGGCAAAAUUGGUUUAUGUUUUUGUAAUUUGUUUUUUAAAGCCUGAAAGGUAUAUACAGUUUACUUUCGCUUGCUUGGUUCAGGUCUAUUGUUUGUCUUCUUCCAGUUCUUGAUUUGUCUGUCUGUAUACUUUUUUUGUUCAUGUAAACGUCUUUAUAUGAAAAAACGAGUUUUCUAUU